UCUCCGAGUCAGGCUCCAGCUAAUACUAAUCGUUUGCCACGUACAGCUUGCCGGGGCUGCCUUUUGAAGCGUCCCCGCAUCUGUACAUAAUAUGAUACAGGUACCCUCUGAUUUGAACAGUAACAAUUGUCUUUCGCUUCCAGUCCUUCUUCCUCGCAUUGAUAAAUGCCGUACCUCUCUUUUGCCUCUCUUACACCACUCAACGGCGAACAAUGAUUCUGAAGCGAUACGGUUGGAAUGUUUCUUUAAAGGGGCCGGAAUGCAUGCAUGCAUGUAUAUUUUUAGUAGGCUUCCAUUCACUCCUCCUCGCUUUGACAUAAACGUCAUACCCCUUAGGCCAUUGAACGAUAGUGGUUCACCGGUUGUGGGAAUGGCGAGAGUCGCAUGGACGAAUUUCUGCCUCAAGUCCGUACAAUCGGAGAAACUGAUUGAAUUGCUGGGUCUGAAUCACGGGUAUAAAGGUAGGGCACUUAAGAUCACUGACUAUCACGCAACUUCACAAACCUUUAUCAUCUCUGUAUCAUCCACUAUGCCUUAUCCUGAAGCUGGCAUCUAUUUGAUCCAAAGUUCUAGCCAGCCGGAUAUUUACGCCAGCUUGCAUAACAAUCACCAAAGAGUACUUCGCGCAGAGUACUGUGAUAUUGAACAGUACUCCCAAUUGUGGCGCCUGGAAUAUGUUGAAAAUGAUACCGACAGCUCUAAGGCAUACUGCAUUAUCAGCAAGCCAGAUACUGCAAAUCCAUUGGGCGUGAAUACCGUCCACACCAAUCAAGCUGUCUACUCCAUGCUCGACGAGUCCGACGUGCAGUCAUGGUACCUCAGCGAGACUGACGAGGGUUACGUGAUCGGCCAAAGUGCCAAUAACAAACAGUACACUUGGCGCCACGGCGCCAAAGGCGAGCCGAUCGUGAUCACGUCCCACGACACCCAGAGCUGGAAAUUCGUGGCACCAGAAUAAGCACUGGCAUGCAAGCACUCCUGUUAAACGGUAGACAUUUACAUGGUUCUUCUCGUGGUUCGCCCAAGCUCUAUUUCAUGAGUGAGGCAGAGUAACACUCUGGAGGUUCCGUACAGUCCAAACUGAUAUUGAGUCGAAAGGCAAUAAACUCCUCAUAAACAUACGCCAUCCCAUAGUUAGGUUGAAGUCUUCCGUUUGAUAUGCCGAUUGUUCCCGCUGAGCAUGUGACGCAGUAUGAGUAGAG